GUUAUGUUAUUUUGAAGGCUGUGGCUAAGAAAGGAUAUCCGGAAGUAGUCAGAAGAUACAGGAAACGGUCGCUCCGGUCCAGCUGUUGCAAACUGUGUCGAUCGACCCCCCCCCGUCUGCUUCAGGCCGCCAUGUCUCGUGCCCGUCAGCCCCCGCUGGUCACGGGCAUCUCGCCCAAGGAGGGUGCGGCCUGGACAAAAGUCACCAUCCGUGGAGAAAACCUGGGCACGGGCCCAGCUGACCUCAUCGGUCUGUCAAUCUGCGGCCAUAACUGCCUGCUGACAGCCGAGUGGAUGUCGGCCAGCAAGAUAGUGUGCCGCGUGGGCCCCGCCAAAGACGACAAGGGAGAGAUCAUCGUCACCACCAAGUCCGGAGGUCUCGGCACCUCCACGGUCUCCUUCAAACUGCUCAGGCCGGACAGGAUCGGUAUCCUGGACCAGUCUGCCGUGUGGGUGGAUGAGAUGAACUACUACGACAUGAGGACCGACCGCAACAAAGGCAUCUCCCCCCUCUCUCUGCGACCCAGCAAUCCAUUAGGCAUCGACAUAGACAAAGGCAAAAUCCCACAGAAAGACUUGGAGCUGACGUUUCCAGGGAUGAGCGGAGACUUCACCAGUGAGAACUUCUCAGCCACCUGGUACCUCAUAGACAACCACGCAGGCAGCAGUUUUGAGCAGUUGAAGAUGGCGGCCAGUAUUCUGAAGAAGCAGGCCACUAAGAAGAAUGAGGGGAGUCUGGCCUAUGUGAAAGGAGGCCUCAGUACGUUCUUUGAGGCCCAGGAUGCUCUGGCAGCAAUCCAUCAGAGGCUGGAGUCAGAUGGUACAGAGAGAGUGGAAGGAUCGAUGACCCAACGACUUGAAAACAUCCUCAACAGAGCGAGUGAUACUGCAGAUACUCUUUUCCAGGAGGUCUUGGGGCGGAAAGACAAAGCCGACUCCACACGCAAUGCGCUCAACGUCCUGCAACGUUUCAAGUUUCUCUUCAACCUGCCACUCAACAUUGAACGCAAUAUUCAGAAGGGAGAUUAUGAUGUGGUGAUCAAUGACUAUGAGAAAGCCAAAUCUCUUUUUGGCAAUACUGAGGUCCCGGUUUUCAAAAAAGUGUAUGCUGAGGUUGAGACGAGGAUCAGGGCUCUGAGGAGUCUUUUACUGGAGAAACUGCUGCAGACCCCAUCAACACUGCAUGACCAGAAGAGAUACAUCAGGUACCUGUCUGACCUGCAUGCUUCAGGCGAUCCGGCGUGGCAGUGCAUCUACGCUCAGCACAAGUGGAUCCUGCAGCUCAUGCAAAACUGCAGAGAUGAGUUCAUCAGCGGCCAGAGAGUGGGUGCCGCUGGAGUUCUGGAUUCGGAGGGGGAUACCCGUCCGUCGGCCCUCGGCAGGCUCAGCCACACCGCUUCUCUGAAGAGAGGGGGCAGCCUGCGAACACCGAGACCCAGCACUUCGCGCUUUGAAACUCCGCAGCAGGUGCAGUUUGUGGAGAAGCUGUCCGAUGUGGUGAUCGGUCAGCUGCCCAACUUCUGGAAGCUUUGGAUCUCUUACGUUAACGGGAGUCUUUUUAGUGAGACGGGAGAGAAAUCCGGGCAGGUGGAAAAAUCCAAGAAGAACGCCAGACAGAGACAGAAUGAUUUUAAAAAAAUGAUUGAGGAGGUGACUAAUCGGCUGGUUAGGCUCGUUCGGGGAGCCCUUCUUCCUGCCACCCUGCCGCAGGGGGAGCUGAACCUUUACGGAGGCUGGGAGAACAAGGCGGAGCUCACCGGAGCCUGGCUCACGCAGAUCAUACACAUCGUCAGGGGUUGUCACGAGGCUCUGUCUGCCCUCGAGAUCCCGAACGAUUUGCUGCAGGUGAUCCAGGAUCUGCUGUUGGACCUGAGAGUCAACUGCCUCAUAGUGACUCUGCUGCACACUACAGAAGAUGUCAAGAGACUCGCUGAGAAGGAGGACUGGGUUGUAGAUAAUGAGGGAAUCACUAGUCUGCCGUCGCAGUUCGAACACUGCAUGGUCCAGAUGCUGCAGUCGCUCAAAGAACCUCUGGAGAUCAAACCGGGAGAGAUCAACGUGCUGCAGCUGGACCAGGUCCAGGACCAGGCCUCAGAGCUCAGCGUGAACAUCAUGAAGGCUUUCAUCAACUGCUUGGAUCAGCUGAGCACUAAGACAGACAGAGAAAUUAACACAUCUCACAACAUUUCAGUGGACCUGUCCUCUCCGGAUCGGUUUACCAGCAUUCAAGAAGGCUUCAGUCCAACAUCUGAACAACGCCUGCUGAUCAUCCUCAGUAACUGCCAAUACCUGGAGAGACGCACCUUCCUGAACCUGGCCGAUCACUUCGAGAAACACGGCCUCACGGGGACAGAGAAGAUCACACGGGUGAGUGUGGACGCCGUACGGGAACUGGACAGGAAACUCUUCGACGCCUACAUCGAGAGGCGGGCCGAUCCCAUCGCGGGUUCCCUUGAACCCGGUAUCUACGCUGGAUACUUUGACUGGAGAGACUGCCAAACACCGACAGGUGUAAGGAACUACCUAAAAGAAGCUCUGGUCAACAUCAUCACAGUUCACGCUGAGGUCUUCACAGUCUCUAAGGAUCUGGUACCUCGGGUUCUGUCUAAAAUUGUCGAGUCAGUGGCGGACGAGAUGUGUCGUCUGAUGCAGUGCGUCUCUUCUUUCAGUAAAAACGGAGCGCUCCAGGCUCGACUUGAACUCUGUGCUCUGAGAGAUGCCAUAGCCACAUACCUAAACGCUGAAAGCAAUGAAAGCUUUAAACUGGCUUUGGACGCCCUGCCUCAGUUACACAACGGAGCCGAUAAGAAGUUGCUGGAGGAGCAGCUGAACAAGUUUAAGAGCAGCAUGCAGCUACAGCUCAACUGCUUCCAGCCUUCCUCCGUCCAGCCUGUGAAGAGAUGAACCUGAUGAACGUCUGUUCUGCACUGUCAGUGUUUCUUAUCUGUCUGCAGAUCAACUUUAACUCUUUAUCUUUUCAGUUAUCACUUUAUUGUUUACUCAUCACUCUACUCGUGUGUCACUUUCAAUUUCUGCUUCACUAGGUCGAACACAAAAUGUCUGUUCAUCUAAUCUUGUACACGCUAAAUGAGUUGAUUGGACAGUCCCAUUCAUGUUGGUUAUGCUAAUUGCACACGGGCACGCAAUGUACAAGUAGUUAACCUACACUUUUUGAGAAAGCUCUGGGUCACUACUGGGAUUGGAGGCCAUCACCAGUCAUAAACUGGAGUCUCCACUCCACUCUACUCAGAGUCAAAUAUGUGUCUUGAUCACUCUUUGUACUGUGCCAUCUCAAACGCCCAAUAAAAUGAGACAAACUACUGUUUAAA